GAACUCCCUCUGACACGCACACACUUGGACGUCCGAAAGGAGCUACGGACAGGACGGAGAUGAGCUCCCACGUGAGGACUGUGAGGCCAAACCAGAUGGUGGCCUUGAUGGAACGAGCAGCUCACAUCAAGAAGAUGCUGGAGCAGGGAGAGAAGAAGCCCUACAAGGAUGUGAUAGAUGUCUGCUGGGGUGACCCUCACGGGGCCGGCAUGAAACCUCUCACCUUUGUCAGACAGGUGCUUGCUGCUUGUAUAUACCCACAACUCCUGGACGGCGGCAAUCUGCCCAUGGACGUUAAACGGCGGGCACAGAAGCUGCUCCGCUGGUGCGAUGGCGGUAGUGUUGGCUCAUAUACAAACACAGGAGGCAUUCUCGAAAUAGUGGAGAACCUCGCCCAGUUCAUCAGCCAACGCGACGGUGUUCCGGCCCAUCCUGAGAACAUUUGGAUCCAUCCCGGCUCUCAGACGUCGCUCACGAGCAUCCUGACACUGCUGCUGAGCAGCGAGGCGACCCCCAAAAGGGGCGUGCUCGUGCCCGUGCCGGGCCACAGCACCGUCCCCUUGUCCGUAGCGGCCUUGGGGGGCGUGGCCGCCCCCUACUUCCUGGACGAGGAGCGCGGCUGGGAGCUGCGGGCGGACGAGCUGCGGCGAGCGUUGGCGUCCGCCCGGGGUGUGUGCAGGCCCGUCGCUUUGUACGUCAUCAACCCGGGAAACCCCACAGGGCACGUCCAGAGUCGGAAGUCCAUGGAAGAGGUCAUCAGGUUCGUGGCGGAGAACAACCUCUUCCUUCUUGCCGAUGAGGUGUACCAGGGCAGCGUUUACGACGCCAACAGUGAGUUUGUGUCUUACAAGAAGCGCCUCUAUGAGUUGGGGCCUCCUUUGGCCCACACGCUGGAGCUGGCCUCCUUCCACUCGGCAUCCAAAGGCCUCCUUGGAGAGUGCGGUCUUCGAGGAGGAUACGUGGAGCUGCUCAACAUGGACCCCGUCGUCAUGCCGUACGUCGAGCGUCUGUUCCAUUUGAUCCCCUCUCCACCCGUCACCGGGCAAAUCGCUUUGGAGCUGAUGGUGGAGCCCCCCCAGCCGGGAGAUCCGUCAUACCCGCUUUACAUGCACGUGAGUCCAAAAGUUCACAGGAACAGAUCUUCUGAUAUUCAGUCAGCCGCUCCCAGUAUGCUGGAUGGAUCAUUCCCGUUUCCACAGGAGACGGAGCACACGAGGCGCACGCUGGUUGACAACGUAAAGAGAGUGCUGCAGGUUCUCAACCGGCUGCCCGCAAUCAGCUGCCAGCCCGUGCGGGGGGGAGCCUUUGCCUUCCCCAGGUUGCAUCUGACGACGAAAGCCAUUCGCAAAGCCAAGGACGCGGGCAUGCAACCUGACAUGUUCUACUGCACCAAACUGUUGGAGGACACCGGCGUGUUUGUUAGUCCAGGCUGCGAGUACGGACAAAAGGAAGGAACCUACCACAUCAGGUUUUGCAUUAUGACUCCGACUGACACCAUGGAGGAACUUCUGAGACGCCUGAGUGCCUUUCACUUAAAGUUCAUGAAGGACUUGUCGUAAAUGUUUCCCACCAAUCCUCUUGGAACCUAACGAGGUCGGAUAACCCUGUAAAAGCAUCAUUUUUAUACUAAUGACAAUAAGGUUAAUUUUGAUCGAUCUUGUCAACGUAUUCAUUUCGUCUGAAGUGUAAAAAUAAGAUGACCACUGUAUAAUAAUAAAAGAAAGUAAAAACAC